AUGGCGGAUGAAAACAUGCAAGGCCCCGGGCCUGGACGGGAUCACGGCAGGAAUCUUGCGGCAAGCGUGGCCCAUCCUCAAAAACCAAAUUACGUUUGCGUUCAAUACCUCACUGGCUACGAGGACAUACCCGAGCCGGUGGAAGAACGCGGCGCUGGAAUCAAAUGGGAUGAUCAAGUACCAAAGGAUAUUGCUGUAAUGUGGACACGCUAUCAAUCAGAGCUAAUGUCAAUUGAAAACGUCUCUAUAUCUCGUCGAAUCACAUUUGAAAACACCACAUCAAUCCAAGUUCAUGCUUUCUCGGAUAGUUCGGAGAAAGGAUACGCAGCGGCCGUCUACCUCCGAACGCAAACUUUUACCUCAGUCUAUUGUCACCUCGUCACAGGAAAAUCGAAAGUAGCACCUCUUAAAAGGUCUACUAUUCCACGACUUGAGCUAUGUGGAGCUGUUCUAGCUGCCAAACUCCUACAGUUCGUCGUCGAUACCUACUCAGAUCGUAUAACUAUUGAUUCACUCCAUGCCUGGACAGAUUCAACUACCGCGUUGGCUUGGAUCCAGUCGUCUCCUCAUCGCUGGGUCACUUUUGUUGCUAAUCGAACUAGCCAAAUUCACGAGCUCACGUCACCCGAUAUUUGGAACCAUGUCCCUACACAUCAAAACCCGGUUGAUUGUGCAUCACGCGGACUUUUCCCAUCCGAGCUUGCUGCUCAUCCGCUGUGGUGGACGGGACCCGCUUAUUUAUUAGAGUCGUCUAAUACUUGGCCUUCUGCGGUAUCAAGUUCAGUUACAACAGAUAAUCAUACAUCUAUUGAGUCACGAAAAUGUACUGUCCUUCUAACCACGACCAAUUGCGCAAUUACUGACCUUCUAUAUCGGUUCUCGUCCUUAAAUAAGGUUCUACAAAUCGUAGCGUACUGUCUUCGCCUAUCUAAGUCACGUCCGUCAGCACCAUUCACACACUUGAUUGACGCGAAUGAACGAACCCAUGCUUUAGCAGCUUUAGUGUUUUAUGUUCAACAAACGUCAUACUCCCAUGAAAUUUCCAAUAUAAAAAAAGGAUUACGUUGUUCUCCCGCCAUUAGAAGAUUGGACCCUUUCGUUGAUGACCAAGGACUUCUACGAGUGGGCGGACGUCUCACGAACGCUGACUUGCCAUAUGCUCACAAACAUCCACUUCUGUUGCCGUUUCAUCAUCGCUUAACUGUGUUACUUAUUGAUCAUCAUCACCAUAGACUGAAACACCCAGGAUCCAUAGCACUCCAAGCUCAUCUACAGCGCGAGUUCUGGAUACCGUCUGCUCGGAAACUUAUUCGAUCUCGCAUACGACUAUGGAUCGCAUGUUUCCGUAUCAGACCGCGUUCCGUUCAGCCGAAAAUGGCCAGUCUUCCAAGCUAUCGUGUUCAACAAGUCAAACCGUUCUCCAUCACGGGUGUGGAUUAUGCGGGUCCUGUUUCGCUGAAGGAACCUCGUAAUCGCAACUCAGUACCACGUCUAGCGUACAUCUGUUUGUUCGUAUGCACUACGACCAAAGCAAUCCAUUUAGAACUAAGCUCUGACUUGUCUACAGAAUGUUUUUUAAUGGCGUUUACUCGUUUUUCGGCAAGACGUGGGCCUAUUAAGGAAAUGCACAGCGAUUGUGGGACCAAUUUUAUUGGUGCGUCACGUUUGAUGGACCCUCUUCAUGACCUAACAUAUUCACAAACAUUUCAAGAUAGUGUCCUUCGUCACCUUGCCAAACAUCAUAUAACGUGGCACUUCAAUCCUCCAGCAUCUCCACAUUUUGGUGGUCUGUGGGAGGCUGGAGUUAAAUCCACGAAAGCGCUAAUUCUUCGAUCAAUCGGUACACACAAACUAACCAGUGAGGAGUUUCUGACAUUGCUCACUCAAGUUGAAGCCACCUUAAACUCUCGCCCAUUAUGUGCACUCAGCAACGACCCAAAUGACUUUGAGGCUUUGACACCUAGUCAUCUUUUGACGUUAGAGCCUUCAACGUCUUUACCAGAUCCAACUCUAACCAACGAGUACCUUAGCAGUCUUCAAGUCCGGAAAAAAUGGUUUGUACCAAAUCAAGAUCUUCGGGUUGGUGAACUUGUUCUCAUCAAAGAAGCAACACAUCCUCUUAGUUGGCGAACUGGAAGAAUUCGUGAUCUUCAUCCUGGUUUAGACGGAAUCUCCAGAGUGGCCACUGUCGACACAACUUCUGGACAGUUAAAACGCCCAGCUGUCAAGCUUUGCCCACUUCCACUCUCUUGA